UGACCCUGCACAUUCAUUUACCCAUUCUUUUCUAAACAGCCCACACAACCUCCGUUUUCUUUCAUUUAUCGCUUAACCUGACUGACUAACCGACUGACAAGUAAGAGGGAGAAGUAUACAGAUUCAGGACAACAAAAAGGAAGGAUUCCUUUGAUAAUUACUUUUUACAACUUCAAUCUUACGACUACACCACUACAUCAACAACACCUUCAGUCAUUAGUGCUUGUCGUGUGUCGCCAUGGCUGACUUCCUUGCUCGUGCUGUCGAAACUGUGAAGCGGGCUACUGAAGAGGACACAAAGGGCCAUCUUGAGGAGGCUCUACCAUUGUAUCAGACAGCGCUUGAAUACUUUUUGACUGCCCUUAAAUAUGAGAAGAAUGAACGUGUGCGUGAUACAGUCAGGAAAAAGGUUAUCGAGUAUAUGGCAAGGGCUGAAAGUAUCAAAGAGCACUUGGCGAAACUGGAAGAGAAACCCAAAAAGAAGGCCAUGGCUAAUUCAUCCAAUGGUCAGGGCUCAAAAAAAAAGGAUAGCGAUGAUGACGAUGAUGAGGAUGCAGAUACCAAGAAGCUCAAAGGAGCGUUGACCUCUUCCAUUCUGACAGAGAAGCCCAACGUCAAGUGGUCAGAUGUCGCUGGUCUGGACGCUGCAAAAGAGUCUCUUAAGGAAGCCGUCAUUCUUCCUAUCAAGUUCCCGCAUCUUUUUACUGGAAACCGCACGCCAUGGAAGGGUAUCUUAUUGUAUGGACCACCAGGUACUGGUAAAUCAUACUUGGCCAAGGCUGUCGCAACAGAAGCCAAUUCAACUUUCUUCUCUAUUUCCUCCUCGGACUUGGUCUCCAAGUGGAUGGGAGAGUCUGAAAGGUUGGUCAAGCAGUUGUUUCGAAUGGCAAGACAGAAUAAGCCUGCAAUUAUCUUUAUUGAUGAAGUUGACUCUUUAUGUGGAUCACGAGGAGAAGGAGACUCGGAGGCAUCUCGUCGUGUCAAGACAGAGUUCCUAGUGCAGAUGAAUGGUGUAGGUAAUGAUAUGGAGGGUGUUUUGAUUCUUGGUGCCACCAACAUCCCAUGGCAAUUAGACUCUGCUAUCCGUCGCAGGUUUGAAAAGAGAAUUUAUAUCCCAUUACCUGAUGCACAUGCAAGGGCAAAGAUGUUUGAACUCAAUGUUGGCAAGACACCAUGUCUUCUGACAGCACAGGAUUUUCAACAUUUGGGACAAAUCACUGAAGGGUAUUCUGGGUCAGAUAUUGCAAUUGCAGUACGCGAUGCAUUGAUGAUGCCAAUCCGUAAAGUACAGAUCAGCACCCAUUUCAAAUGGGUGGACGCACCGUCGCGUGCAGAUCCUUCUAGGAUGACCAAGCACCUAACACCGUGUUCACCAGGCGAUCCAAAUGCAAUAGAGAUGAGCUGGGAAGAUGUGGAGGGUGAUCAAUUGCUGGAACCAACCUUGGGCAUCCAAGACUUUUUGAAAGCCGUUAAAUCCGUGCGCCCAACAGUCAGUGCAGAUGAUGUGGUGGAGCAUACCAAGUUCACACUAGAGUUUGGAAGUGAAGGCUAAACAUUCAUGUUGAAUCAGACGACGCAGACAUUCAUACAGAACCAUCAGGGAUUGUACAUCUUUUUUUAUUAGAAGACAGAGAGGGUACAUGAAUGUGAUAUACAAUACUCUCUUGCACUCUCUUUCUCCUUCUCCAUCUUUUGCCCCUAUACAUACACACCACGGUAGACCUAAUAAAAACAGAGUGCUUCUGUUGAUGGCUCUUUGUAUAUAUC